AUGGCGGACGGCACUGCGACAGAAGGUUCUCCGACAAAUUAAAUAAUCUUUUCCUUUUAGCAGCCCACUAAUGUACUGAACUGUUUGGUUUUAAUCUUAUAGUAGCUCCUCAAGAACAAGUUCCGUUGGUUCUUCCAGAAGAGAACAAUCACGGACAACCUGAGGUGAGAUAGCGCCAAAUAAUUUGAUGACAUGCACAGACAUAAUUUUGACGUUUCACUCAUUAGAUUUUUAUCUUCUUCUGUUGAAAAGCAAAUAUAUGCAAUUAUUUUCACGACUUUCACCGCCCCUUCCACAAAAGGUAGUUUCAUCUACAUUUCAUUCAUGAUAUUUUGAUGCGACAAGCAUGAAAAACGCUCACAAUGUUAUGGUAUUAAUUAUAGUUUCCUUGAUUCUGUUCACUUUGUGAACGCAAACAAAAUAAGAAACUUUGAUCGAUUGUGUUGGAAAGGUUAUCACAAUAAAAUCUAAUUUUGAUCAAAGACUCACGAAAACGCCUUUGCACCCCCCCCCCUUUGUUGUUGGCUAUCACUGAAUGCAACCUAUGCAACCUACUAUGUUUUGACGCUUUUACCCCUGAAAGCGACUAGCAUCUAAGUUCUCCUUACAAUAUCAGGUCUGAAUCACAUAUAAAUGUCUUGAGAAUAAAGGAAAUGAUCACUUUCUAAAGCAGCUCUUGAUUGUUGGUCAAGUUCUCCUUGUCAGCACUAAAGGAAUUGUACAAAGAAGAGUAUAAAGAAUAUAGAUAUUGUGGUUCAAUUUUAUCCUUGGUUCAAAUUUUAUCUUCUUUUGUUAUUGGGUAUUAUAACAUAGCUAGUAAAUUUGUCUAAUCAAAUUCAAUUGCGUGAGCGUGCUUCAUAUUCCUAUUGUGAAUGCUCAUGACGUCAGCAAACAAAUCCGUAGAGAAAAAAAAAUUGAAAAUGUUAUAAAACAAUCAGUUCAUGCAUCAGCUGUAUGUUCAUCAAGAUAUGAAGCACUUGGGAAGUUUGGAGAGCACUCAAGAAGCUAGAGUUGCUCUCAGCUAUGCCUCGAGCAACCCUUACUUAUCUUUUGUGCUCUCCAAACUUCCCGCGUGCUUCAUAUCUCGAUGAAUGCACGCUGACGUAUGAACCAAUUGUUAAUUGUAAUGUGUGAUAAUGAGUUUGAAACAAAGAAAAAGAAAAUUUGAACCAAGGAUAAAAUUGAACCACAACAUAGAUACUGAUGUUAGGGUGUAAAGAGUUGAUGGCAACAUCAUCUAUGUGCCUGUCUUCCAAUGGAUCAUAAAUAAGAACCCAUCAAUACAAGUUUAUAACAUAGCUUAACAAAAGUACAUGCUCUGAUUGGCUAAUAAGCUCAAUUCAUUCGCCUGUGGGUUGCAUACUGAUCUCACUUUGUUUUGCUUUUUUUCCCAUACAAAAUGAAAGAUCUUUGAAAGAUCCAAUGAUAUUAAAGCAAUGGUUAGCCUUCAGUGUGCAACCAUCAAGUUAUUGAUGCACUUGGGGGGUUUGCUAAGCACUCAAGAAGCCAGAGUCAAAAUUGACUAGCACUUCAUGUGACUCUAAUGCUUGUUUUGUACUUAGCAACAUCCCAUGUGUGUCCAUGACUUGAUGAUUCCAUGCUGCAAGCAAGCCACUUCUUAUGAAAUUAAUGUGAAGUUCUUUGGUCCUAUUAGGUUCCCCAGGAAACUUCUCCCCAUGCUGAAAUUGGUCUAACAGAAAAUGUUCAGGUAAACUGAAAUUGGUUCAUCUACAUUAGUUAGUGGCACAAAACAGAGAAAAUUAGUGGUACAGCUUCUGCUUGGAACUAAGUCUUCUGUAACUUUCCCCUAUUUUCUUGCAUUAUCUGUUGAAGAAACCUUGUUGCUGUUACUAGUGAGCAAGGAAGACCUCUGGUCUUUUGGCCCUGGCCAGUAAUUCUGUUUUGUUUUUGGGAAUGAUUGCCACUUUGCCCUCACAGUGCUCUUCCCUGCCUACUUUACCUAAUUUACCCUUCAUGACCCUUUUAUCACCCACCUACUCCCUCCAUGUCUUUCCUCCCAUAUCUGAUUUUGGAAGAGGACAUUGUCUUUAGCAGCUGUAUGUGUCAAUUGGUAAAUAGUUUUUAUUUUGUUCACAGAAAAUGGUGGAGAAAGAGAAGGAGGCUGCUGAAAAACCAACAAAACCAAAAGUAGAGCUACAGUCAUUACCAACCAGAGCCUAUUUAGACCAGACAGUUGUGCCUAUCCUUCUUCAAGGUCUCUCUACCCUGUCCAAGGAAAGGUAAGGAUAUUCUUUCAUCAGAAUGCUUUGUGUUCUGUAAUGUAAUACGCUCUUCCUUUACCAGGUUCUGAUUUUUCAAACCUCUUUGAAGAGCCUUGCUUGAUAGAAAAAGAAUUAAAAUUCGAGAUUUUACAUUCCAACAAUGGUUUUCUUUACCCUUUUUAUAAUUUCAUGAACAAAGGAUAAAAUUAAUAGUACACCCUUUCCUUAAGCAUGCCUCUUGGAGAAGGGAACACUAAUCAUUGAAAGAGUGUGCAUUGAUAAGUGGUUAACCCUGUAACUCAGGGGUGAUUAACAUGUAACUUCUCCCAGCAAUAUCCAUACAUCCUUCUGCAAACAGGUAGUGAGAAGUUGUUUUCUUGAUCUAAUACCAAAUUCUUGUAAUUAGUUUACUGGGAAAUGUGUAGCAGCUAGGGAGGAGAAUUAACAAUCAGAUCUUGGGAGUGAAAAGGAAAAGGAAAAGCAGAACCUGUGCCUUCUUUUGCUUUGCAUACUAAUUAACCUUGGUAGGAUGUGGGGAGGGAACCUAAAGAGUUUUUAAAUAGACGGAAAUGUUGUGACUAGUAAUAGAGCUUGUUGUAUCUCAGAGGUAUUUAUUGAUAUAAAUUUUUCCAUGGAGGAGGAAUAAUUGAUUGAUGUGAUUGCAUUUUAUUUUUGUUUGUGUUUCAGACCACCCAAUCCUAUUGAAUACCUGGCUACGUACUUGCUGAAAAACAAAGAUCAGUACGAAGAAAGCUAGUGACCAUCUCUUAUAUUCAUACCAUUAUAAAUUUAUCACCUCAUAGGCAGUAGGUCACCACUGAAUGCCAUUAUUAACCUAACCCUGUAGAUGUGUUUGUAGAUAAAGUGAGAAAAGACACAGUAGAUAAAGGAUGAGAAGGGGAUUUUUACAGUCAUAUGCAAUUGUGGAAGAAGAUGCAUUUGGCAGGUUUUUACUUGAAACAAUGCUAUUUUUUUCAGUAUGUUUAUCAUUUAUAUCACAUCAUAAUAUAUUUAUCUGACUAGUUCUGAGAGAGUGAACUGUGUGAUGACAUUAGCCCCUUCUCAAUGUUUGACUAUACUCAGUGUUUCAACCAUUUGACUUUUUUGUGAUGCACCUCAUGUUUGUAUCAUACCUUUGACGAUAAAAUGAAAAGAACGUUGUAAAGUGGUUUUUGUUGUUGUUGUUAUUUUUGGGAUGGGAGGGUAAGGAUUUGUAAGCCUAUGCAGCUGCAGUCUCACUGCACAAUAUGACCACACACAUUGUCUUGUGGCUAAUCCUUCUGUGACAUUCUGUAGAAUGACUGUUGAGGAGACUUAUGCAGCUGUUGGGUGGGUGAAGGGAAGUUAGUGGCUGUAAGCUAGGACUGGAGAACAAGGAAUAAAGCUUAUUUGCUUUUUCCUACUCCUCUUGUGGCAUUGCUGUUUACUUGACCACCCUACUGCUACUCAAAUUUUCCCAAACUGAGAGUGGCUGUUGUGUUUUCAUCUAGUGACUUAGUCAAGUGACACUCAGCUCUUCCAUUGCCCUCUGUAUUUUGCCUUCAUUCAAUGAUGCACUCUCUAUUAGCAUAGUACAAUUGUCUAACAGUGAUUUUACAUCAUUCAGUAAAGAGUAAUACAGUAGUUUAACUCGAGUUGAUACAAGUACUUGUUGCUAUAGCAAUCAGUACACUACAGUGGCUGCACUAUAACAGAAAUGUCAUCUACAUCAAAGAAAUGUCUCCAUCUCACCUUUUCUGGCAACAGUUUGUUUAACAGUGGCCCAUUCUAGACUCGAGAAAUCUGAGUAACCAAUUUCCCCACCCCUCCCCCUUUAACUAUUGAUAAUUUCUCAUACCUGAUCCUGUCCAUCCCCGUCCCUACCCUUAAUAUUGGUCCCAGUCUUUUCCGAGUGAGGAGACACAAGAUGGCGAACAAGUGGGUUUAGUGUGUUUGUUUCAGAUUAGCAGUCUGAUGUUAAGAUUAAUUACGUUUGACGCUUGUAAUACGCUAUUUCAUGUUCGAGGCUCGCCUGGAGAACUGUACAGCAAUGUGGCCUCUCGUUUUGGUGUCGAGAUAAAUCCUAAACCUUUGAACGAUUCCUUCAAAUACUCCUUUCGAGAAUUCUACAAAACCCUGCCAAACUUUGGUGCGAACGAAAAUAAAACUGCCGAAAAAUGGUGGUAUGGAGUGGUAACACAAACAUUUCGUUCAGCUGGAUACCACGAUGAAGCAAAUUUAGCCAGGAUUUCCUCUGUUUUGUAUCGUGAAUUUUCAACAUCGAAAUACUGGCAAGUUUACGCUGAAACUCAUUCUGUGUUGGAGCAUUUAAAAAAUCAGAACUACCAUCUUGCCGUUGUAUCUAACUUUGACGAACGACUUGGUGAAAUUCUCGAACGUCUGAGCUUAAAUGACUAUUUCGACUUCAUAGCGUGCUCGUUUAGUGCUGGAGUUUACAAACCAUCUCCUAAAAUUUUCGAGCUUGCUCUGAAUCAUUUUGGCGUUAAAGCUGAAGAAGCCCUACAUGUUGGAGAUAACGUGGACUUAGAUUACAAGCCAGCAAUGCAGUUGGGAAUGAAAUCUUUUAUUGUAGACAGGUUUUGUAUGGACUUCAGCGAAAAAAUAGUCAGUCCUGAGCAUAUUAUCAGAGAUCUAACUCCUUUGCUAAAACUUUGA